CCUCUCAAAGCCGGAAUGUGAGGCUUUGGCCCUGCUGUUCGGUUCUCCCUGUCCCGUUCUUCACCCGGACCUGCGUCCACUGCCGCUGUCCCCCAGCUCGCCCCGGGAGGAGCCAGGGCGGCUGCGCCCUUCUACUGUGUGCUCGCGUGGCUACCGUGCCCUCCGAAUCCUCAGGGGCCGCAGAAGGGGUUCGCUACGGAGGGAGGCGGGGGCCUUCGGGAGGAGGAGGCGGAGGAGGCGGAGGAGGAGGGAAGGAAGAUGGCGGCCGUGGAACUAGAGUGGAUUCCAGAGACUCUCUAUAACACCGCCAUCUCCGCUGUCGUGGACAACUACAUCCGCUCCCGCCGAGACAUCCGCUCCUUGCCCGAAAACAUCCAGUUCGAUGUUUACUACAAGCUUUACCAACAGGGACGCUUAUGUCAACUGGGCAGUGAAUUUUGUGAAUUAGAAGUUUUUGCUAAAGUAUUGAGAGCUUUGGAUAAAAGACAUUUGCUUCAUCAUUGUUUUCAGGCUUUGAUGGAUCAUGGUGUUAAAGUUGCUUCAGUCUUGGCCUAUUCAUUCAGUAGACGGUGCUCUUAUAUAGCAGAAUCAGAUGCUGCAGUAAAGGAAAAAGCCAUUCAGGUUGGCUUUGUUUUAGGUGGCUUUCUUUCAGAUGCAGGUUGGUACAGUGAUGCUGAGAAGGUUUUUCUGUCCUGCCUUCAAUUAUGUACUCUGCAUGAUGAGAUGCUUCAUUGGUUUCGUGCAGUAGAAUGUUGUGUAAGGUUGCUUCAUGUGCGAAAUGGAAACUGCAAAUAUCAUUUGGGCGAAGAAACAUUUAAGUUAGCUCAGACGUAUAUGGAUAAACUGUCAAAACAUGGCCAGCAGGCAAACAAAGCUGCACUCUAUGGAGAGCUAUGUGCACUCUUAUUUGCAAAAAGUCACUAUGAUGAAGCAUAUAAAUGGUGCAUUGAAGCAAUGAAAGAAAUCACAGCAGGCUUACCAGUCAAAGUCGUGGUGGAUGUUUUAAGACAAGCUUCUAAGGCUUGUGUAGUAAAGCGUGAAUUUAAGAAGGCAGAACAGUUAAUUAAGCAUGCAGUGUAUUUGGCACGGGAUCAUUUUGGAUCCAAACACCCAAAAUAUUCUGAUACACUGCUAGAUUAUGGGUUCUACUUACUCAAUGUAGAUAAUAUCUGUCAGUCUGUGGCAAUUUAUCAGGCAGCCCUUGACAUUCGACAGUCAGUAUUUGGUGGCAAAAAUAUCCAUGUAGCAACAGCUCAUGAAGACCUGGCUUAUUCUUCUUAUGUUCACCAGUAUAGCUCUGGGAAAUUUGACAAUGCACUAUUUCAUGCAGAAAGAGCUAUUGGUAUCAUUACCCACAUCCUACCUGAAGAUCAUCUUCUUUUGGCUUCCUCAAAGAGGGUGAAAGCACUUAUUUUAGAGGAGAUUGCAAUCGACUGUCAUAAUAAGGAAACUGAACAGAGGCUGCUUCAAGAAGCUCAUGAUUUGCACCUGUCUUCACUCCAACUAGCUAAAAAAGCUUUUGGGGAAUUUAAUGUACAGACUGCAAAACACUAUGGAAACCUUGGAAGGCUUUAUCAGUCAAUGAGAAAAUUUAAGGAAGCUGAAGAAAUGCACAUCAAAGCAAUUCAGAUUAAAGAGCAACUUCUUGGUCAAGAAGAUUAUGAAGUAGCCCUUUCAGUGGGACAUCUGGCUUCUUUAUAUAAUUAUGACAUGAAUCAGUAUGAAAAUGCUGAGAAACUUUAUUUGCGAUCUAUAGCAAUUGGGAAGAAGCUUUUUGGUGAAGGCUACAGUGGACUAGAAUAUGAUUACCGAGGUCUCAUUAAACUUUACAACUCCAUUGGAAAUUAUGAGAAAGUGUUUGAAUAUCACAAUGUUCUGUCUAACUGGAACCGGUUGCGAGAUCGACAGUAUUCAGUGACCGAUGCUCUUGAAGAUGUCAAUACCAGCCCCCAGUCCACUGAAGAAGUCGUGCAGUCCUUCCUGAUUUCUCAGAAUGUAGAGGGACCGAGCUGCUGAGGGAGGACCUCAGUUAUCCAAUUAUCUUUUCCCAGAUUCCAGGGAAUUCAUACUGUGAAAUCAAAACCAUGUUGUUUUUUGGGGGGCUGGAAUUUAUAUUGAAACACUGGUCCAGUCCAUUGAAGACCCUAUUUUGGGUGAUCCCUAUCUUGCAGAGUGUCCGUAGGAAUAAGCAUAUAUUCAUUUAUAUUCAGCAUGUACCGCAUGUAUAAGUAGUCUGGCCCACAUUUUCAACCUAGUAUAACUAACAGGAAAUUUUUUUUUUCUUUUUAAAAAAUAACUCAUUUUGCAGAAAGCCCGAAAGAAAAAAAGAACCCUAAAUAAAACUAUUUAAGAGUUUUAAAAGAGUUGCAUUCUUAUUCUGUAAGGAUGAUUUCAACAACUUUUUUUAACGUAUAAUUCUUCCAUGUGGAGGUAUUCAAUAUUGUACUGUAAAGAAAUUUUAUGGGGAAAAUCUUUAUAUGCCGUAUAGAAAAGUUAUCAGAAGUACUGAGAAAAAUGGGACAUUCUGACUUAGGUUUGGCUACCUUACCUAGAGAAGUGGAUACAACCACUCCAGAACUAUAUUACAAGGCUUAAAGGACUGUCAGAUUCAUCUGAACUGGACCAGUGUUGAUCUGUAAGCAAUAGAGAAUCUGAUAGUCUAGCAGUUUUAACUUUUUUUUUUUUUUUUUUUUUUGGUACAACAAUGCAAGAUGCUCUGAUAGCAUUUGCUAACAGGACCAGGAGGAUCAAAAAAGGACCAGCCUAAGGUAGAAGGUGGGUACUUGGACCAGAGGCUUUAGAUUAUUAUUUUAGCCCCUGCAUAUACAUUUCUCAGUAGAAUAUUUCAUGUAGAUGUAUAAUGAAAAGUGAUAAUGCAAAAAUUAUGUUCAUGUAGUAGAUACCAAACUAGGGAAAUUUGGCAAUUUCAGUGGCAUAUCUUUAGUCAAAGGUACACAGAUGGAAAUGCCAUAAGCAAGUCUAUAAAUAUCUGCUGCAGCCAUCCCCCUCGUUUUAAAUGUUACACUAAUAAUCAAUGCAAUUAACAAGUAUAUUGGCUAAGAAUCAUGAAAUAGCUCAUGUCCAGAUGGAAAUUUUAGGUUACUGUACGGUUUGUGGGGAUUAAUGUUGAAAAAUAAGUCUUCUUAGAAAAUCCUUCAUUUUUAUUGUAAAUAAAAAAUAGUACAACUGGGUCAUUUUGUUUGAAAUCCAGGAGUCAAAUGGAAAGAUCCCCCAGUGAUAUGUCUAUUUUACCAACUUGAAUUUAUUCAGUUUUGCUUUUUUUUUUUUUAAGCCAGUCCAGUUAUUUAAUGUUGAGGUAAUAAUCAAAUUUGAGAAGUUGGGUGACAUGUAGCAAUCCACGAAAUAAAAAGGUCUUUUGCUGUUACCUCAAUUCUUAUUAUAGUGGCCCAUCUGGCGCCUCUAUAGUUAAGAACCUGGGUUUCCCCCCUAUUUUCAGGGGUUCAUGACUUUGCUGUUAAAGAUGUUGCUCCUGGCUGAUGCUUGGGGUAGUGUGUGGGUGAAUGGAUGUGUGUUGUAUUUUGUUUUCAUUUGACAUGCAUGUUGGUAGGGAGGGGGAGAAAUCUAAGCUGUCUUAACACUUUUUUGAACUUCCCCAACUCUCACCUUGUUUAAAAUUGUUACUUGCAGUCUUAUUAGUUAUGAACCAGUGCAUGUAAGUUCCCAGGAGGGAUCGAUUGGGGGAUGUACCUAAAGAGAUGAAACACGUCCACACCCUAAAAUGAUAACUAUGUGAUUUAGAAACCUGGGUUUAUUCCUCAAAUUAAUUGUUUUCUUUUUAAAUUUUGGAAAGAGUAAGUUGGCACACCCGCAGUUUAUAAAGCUGUUCCCCCUUCCAGUUAAUUGCAAUCUAAUGCCAAGUGGCACCUCUUUAUUAGUUACCAAAUAGUUUGUGUGACCAAGGACUAACAUUUUAAAAUUACUCAGCUCUAUCCUCAUGGGCCUGUAUAUUUAAUACCUCCAAAGAUAUUUUCAGGAUAGGCUUUGUAUACUUUUAUUGGUUAUUUAGAGUCCUGUGGUAUGUUUGUGGUAUGGUAAGUUGUUUUUCAAUAAAUAUUUUGAAACUUA